AUGAAAGUGUUCUGGUCGACAAAACACCAACAAGAUCAAUAUGAGCCUAUGGAGUGUGAAGAAGAAGAAGAAAUUCCAGAUGAUCCAAUGAAUGAGGAGGAAACUCCUACAUCGGAUGCACAGGAAGAUCGACUCGUUUUUCAGCCGCAAGCGGAACGAUCAAGGCGUACACGCGAACCAAUGUUGUUGUUGGAGAACAUAUCAGAUGCCGUAGAAUGUUUGGAAGGAAGCGAAGGGCCACCAUCUCCAGAGCGUGCAAGGAUUGAUGAUGACGGCCUUCUGGCUGAAGCUGUUCUUGCUUACGCUGUAAGUGUUGGUGAAGAAUCGGGCUUGCCUACCACGUAUGCGCAGUCAAUGGCUAGUGACGAAACAGAACAUUGGCGACAAGCGAUGAACGCCAAAUAUCAAUCGCAUCGCCAGAACAGAAUAUGGACACUCUUUCCACGAGAAUCAGUUCGACGUACAAUUGGAUGCCGCUGGGCCUUUGCUAAGAAGCGUUGCCAGAAAAGAUGUAUUGUGCGCUACAAAGCACGAUUGGUGGCUAAAGGAUUUAAGCAGUUAUACGGUGUGGAUUUCUUCGAGGCUUACUUUCCAGUGGCCAACUUGAACUCAGUUCAAGUUGUACUCGCAGUGUGUGCUGUAUUAUGCUACAAAAUGGAGCAGCUGAACGUUGACACGCCUUUCUCAACACUAUAUAUGGACUCAAGCAAGCUGCAAGUGCCCGGAACAAGACGAACGAUCACGUCUUCAAGAAGAACCAUUUUAAAUGUUGUGGAGCGAAUCAAUGAGUAUACCCAGGACGAGCAGCAAGAUUCUAGAGGUCAAGGGGAUGCUGAACAGUGUUUUCAAGAUGAAGGAUCUCGGUAUGGCGAAGUUAACCUUGGGCAUGGAGAUCGACCACGACAGGUCAGCUUCCACACUAAUGAUCAGGCAGACACGGUACAUUAUCGACGUGGCUGA